CAAAUUUAUUUCAAUAAUUAAAUUUCGCGGUCACUUGUAUUAUAGAUGGCUUUGUACGUAUUUAUUAUUCGAUAACCCAAGACGCUUCUUUUGCCAUGAAGUUGUCAAAGAUACCAAACGCUGUGAUCGUGCAUAAUGGAGGUGAUUCGGAUACUGCUCUCGUGGUUGUUUUUAAUCCAUUUCAUGUACAUCGAAGUAAGAUGUACAUCAAAGCCGAUGCGUGGCAAUGAAACGCGAACAAGUUCGAAAUUGGAGGGGUCCCAUGAUGAAGAGAAACACAGACGCCUGUUUCAGAUGGCCAUGAGAAUAAAAGAAUUACCGGUCGGAAAUCCGGACAUUCACAACUUAAACGUUGCAUACAAUGACAUAACUAGCGUUCACGAUUACGAGCUGUACAAUAAAAGUUACACGGGCUUGCGGAAGUUGUACGUGCACCAGAACAGCAUAAAGCAUGUGGGUCAUCACGCCUUCCGAGGCAUAAAGCACUUGAAACACAUCGACCUUUCGUACAACCAGAUCAAGAAGAUAAACUCUUACACGUUCGUUAGCAACAACAAGCUCUCGAGACUAAUAAUGAGCAAUAAUUUGAUCAGGUUCGAAAAGUACGAAACGUUCCUCUUGUCGCACUCGAUCGAGUACCUGGUACUGGCCUACAACGAUAUCGACCAGAUCUUCGACUUGACUUUCCUUGGCGUACCGAACCUGAAGAGCUUGAUCCUCAACAAUAACGAGCUUCACAGCAUCGCUCCAAACAGCUUCAAGUCUCUCAACAAGUUGCAGUAUUUGUCCAUAGUAAAUACAGGUGUUUAUCGACUGAGCGAGUCUAUGUUUUCUCUGAUACCGAGGACGCUUAACUUGGAGGGCACGCCCUUGGCCAUACGAUUUGAACCGCCGCUGAAAAAGGUUAGCGGCGAAGCCGUUGUCAGGCUCAUCGGGCUUUCGAAGAUACUGAUCUGAAGUUAGAUAACAAAUAACAAUAUUCUUCGUUCUGACAAAAAUCUGAUAAACGAAAAAAUCUGGAGUACAUUCGGUUGGCCGCUGUAUUCAUUGGAAAGAAACGCCUUCUGUACGAAUUUUAAUUAUAUUUCAUAGCAAUGGAAGGAUACGGGCAAGUACUUGUAAAUAUUCGCUUUAGUUUCUGCGUUUUAAUGCAUGGUUAAAAAUCGCUGUUUCUGAUGAGUUUGAUUUUUAGUUUUAUUUUAUCUUUUUACUUACUUAUUUACUCACUUUAUAGCUUUAUUGAAUUACAUUUCGAAAAUUUUCUGUGCGCAACUAUAGCUAUUUACGAUAUUAAACAAAAAAAAGCUUUUCUCUAAAGACCAACAUAACUCUAAUGGUUAUUCAUACGUAUAUUACGAAGAAGCACUAAAUUAAGAUGAUUUUAGAUAAUUUGCGAUUAGAUUUUUCUAAAUUUUUUAUUUUUGGCUGGAGAGAUACAAUCUGAAAGAAGCUGGUAUUUUUUCUAUUAAAUCGCAAAUAACUAGUUGCACAUGAAUAAUUUCUAAAAUUCAAUUUAUUACAGGUGGGUAAAGAGAUAAAUAAAACUAAAAAUUUAAAACCCCAUCAGAAAGUUCAUGUUUAUAACAAUACAUUAAUAUCCUCAAAUUUUACAUAUAUGUUCUUAAAAAUUAUGUUACAUAUUUUUAUUUUUCGUCCGAUUUUUUAUUUGUAAUUCUUACUUAAUUACUAUUUCAAAUAAGUCAAAGAUAAUUGAUGCAUUUUGUUCACAUAGUUAUUUACAGUUUUAUAUGCAAAUCUAUUUUUUUAAAUCGAAAUCGGUAAAUGGACUCAGUUAGGUUAAGCACCAUUUUUUAUAUUAUGUACCUGAUUGUUUAGAUAAAGUUUAGUCUAAUUGUAUCUAUUAUGUAUAGUCGAUAGUAUAAUUAACUAAUUAUAAAUGUAUUUUAGAUGCAUUUUUUUGGUAUGCAUAGCUUAAAUAUAAUUUUAGAACGAUUGGCAUAAAUCAAGAGUAAUUUUAACAAUCACUGCAUGCUUUUCUUGUUAAAAUAUUUAUAAAUAUCGAGAAUCGUAAAUUUCUAAAAAAGGCUUUUUUUAUUUAUAUUGAUAUUUAAAUGUUAAGGCGUUUAAUUUAACACGUAGAUUGUACAUUUCAAUUCAAGUUCAAGCACCAUUAAAGGCACACAAAGCAAAAUUAGCCACGGCAAAUUCUUCUUCCUUAUCAACGAAAUUGAAUAUUAAUUUACCCGACAAGCAAUAAAAUCAAUGCAAUUGUUCAAUGAAACAAUAAAAACUACCGUAGAUUGCAGGUAGUUCCCUAUGCAUAAAUUUAACUUUAAGGUAUUUAUAUUUAUCUAGUAUUACGAAUACAAAAUGUAAUAUACAUUUUUACAACAAUAGCUUCCAAUAAAACUGC